AUGGGUCAGCGCCAGGGCAUACCCUCACACUGGGGUGAGGGGGGUGAAUGUGGUAGGCCAGGGCAAUACCCUCACACUGGGGUAAGGGGUAAUGAAUGGGGCAAGCGCCAGGGCAUACCCUCAUACUGGGGUGAGAGGGAUGAAUGGGGUAGGCCAGGGCCAUACCCUCACACUGAGGUCGUAAUGAACGAGGAAGAGUCAGGUCUAUUUGACGACAAUGAGGAAGAGGAAGCGAUUGUGCAAACUACUGGGGGACUCACACCCGAUCAGAAAGCCAAUAUUAAGUCCAUCUACGCUAUGAUAGACGCUGGCAGAUCCGGCGUUUUAACGACCAAGGAACUUCGUAAGGGGCUACAGCUCCUUGGUUUAAACCCUACUGUGUCAGACGUGAAGGAACUCGCUAAGAAAUACAACAUCAAAGAAAGAAAGGUCAGCCUCGAAACUUUUGAGCAGAUCAUGGAGGAGGAACUUCUGAGCAACCAAAAUCCAGAGUUUGACCUCUUGGAAGCGUUCCGGAUAUUCGAUCGUGACGGAAACGGAACAUUUGAUCGAAAGGAGCUCAAGCGAUUCUUAACCAGUAUGGGCGAGCAACUUACUGACCAGGAAGUGGACGAACUCUUUGACCAACUUGACACUGACCGGAGCGGAACGCUGAGCGUUAUGGAGGCAUCGAAGUUACUAGCAUGAACCAGUCGACCUCAUCAUUUCCAGCUUUUAUUAACUGGAGUUAUCUCCCACGGAAUCGAAUCACACUUGGCCAUUGAAACUGGAGUUAUUCCUCUUUUGUUACAACGGACAAAGUUUCCUAGUGAUAGGAAUUCGUACCCUUCAAAAUGACGCACUCAUCGCACAAAGACUUAAGUUAUCUAUAUAAGAGUCGAAGUGUAACACCUCUACGAAACAUCAUCGCUUUGUUUAUGACAUGCUCAUAAUCCUUGUAAAUUGAGUUCAUCUCCCUUUGAGU